AUGCCCAGAAAGAACCGGACUCCAGCCUCUGCGAUUCAGAAUCGCGAUAACCAGCGUCGCUCACGGGCGCGGCGUCGGCAACUUGUUGAAGAGCUUCAACAGCGGCUCCAGGAUUACGAAUGUCGAGGCCCUCAGGCCAGUAUGGAGACGCGGCGAAUGGCUAGAGCCGUCGUAUGGGAGAAUAAACAUCUUCAUGACCUCCUCCAGUUCCGAGGGGUUUCGCAAUGCGAGAUCGACGAUCACCUUUCGCUGGUGGGGCCUAUUGGCACUGACCCAAAUCUGGGCCUCCGGAAACCCCUGCAGAGUGGCAGUGAUCCACAUACGCCUCGCAUGCAAAAUUACAGUGCGAUGCAGCCGCGAUCAUCCGACACAUUACGCAGCAUCGCUACCUAUCCUUAUGACAUGGAAGAUUGCCCCUCGCCUCCAAGCAUGUCUCUUUCUAAUCCUCCUUCAUCUGUGCCAAGUCAAGCACUGGCGACUUCGGCCCCUACUAGAUUUACCCCGCCUAGACCUACUCCGCCCGCAGAUACGGUAGACGCAGACUGCGCUGCAACCAAUAACCGCGACUACGGAAAGUACGAUUCCUACGAUCCAGGGACCGCUCAGCUCCGAGAUCGUACGAGCAUCUCAUUUCUUUGCAAUGACCCGAGAUAUGCCGAUGAACCCGAUCGCUUUACCUUCUACCACAAAUGUUGA